AUGCACAUCUACACACCUGGUGAUGAGCAGUACUGCAAGUGGACUACAAGGAAGACCAGAGCAGAGGCAGAUCUCCGCGUACGUCGAAGCGCCAGGUCCAGGUUAACCACAGGGAAAGGCACACGCCACCUCCCCUCACGGGAGGCGAGCGCCCCCGGCUCCAUGCGCAGGCCGGCUGACACGCCUGCGAGCCACCCUGCCUCACCACGCACAGCCGUUCUCCCUCUUAUCGCCGCACGCUCUCGCCACACCUCGCGCACGUUUUCUCUCAUAGACCAACACCCAGAGCCUCAGCCUCACGUCGGCUGCCACGCUCGCUCCCAGCGCCACAACGCCAGCGCCUCUCUCUCAGAUGAGCACCUCAGCCUCACAACGACCGUUUUUCUCCUUCACCCCCCUCCCCGAGCCUCUCGUCGGCUCUCUCGCACACCCGGCAUCAUGGCCCGGACGCAGAAGAACAAGGCCACGGCUCACCACCUGGGGCUGCUGAAGGCCCGCUUGGCCAAGCUACGCCGGGAGCUCAUCACCCCCAAGGGAGGCGGCGGCGGCGGCCCCGGGGAAGGUUUUGAUGUUGCAAAGACAGGUGAUGCCCGAAUUGGGUUUGUGGGUUUUCCAUCAGUGGGGAAAUCUACUCUUCUAAGUAAUCUUGCUGGUGUAUACUCUGAAGUGGCAGCAUAUGAAUUCACUACACUAACUACCGUGCCUGGAGUCAUUAGAUACAAAGGAGCAAAGAUACAGCUACUUGAUCUCCCAGGAAUUAUUGAAGGUGCCAAGGAUGGUAAAGGCAGAGGACGGCAAGUCAUUGCAGUUGCUCGAACCUGUAAUCUCAUUCUGAUUGUUCUGGAUGUGCUGAAACCCCUUGGUCACAAGAAAAUAAUUGAGAAUGAACUGGAGGGAUUUGGAAUUCGUCUGAAUAGUAAACCCCCCAAUAUCGGCUUUAAAAAAAAGGAUAAAGGAGGCAUUAACCUUACAGCCACAUGUCCUCAGAGUGAGCUGGAUACUGAAACAGUGAAGAGCAUCUUAGCAGAGUAUAAAAUUCACAAUGCUGAUGUCACACUGCGCAGCGACGCCACUGCUGAUGACCUAAUUGAUGUUGUUGAAGGGAACAGAGUUUACAUCCCAUGCAUUUACGUCCUAAAUAAAAUUGACCAGAUUUCCAUUGAGGAACUAGAUAUCAUUUACAAAGUACCCCACUGUGUACCAAUAUCUGCUCAUCAUCGCUGGAACUUUGACGAUCUGCUGGAGAAAAUUUGGGACUACUUGAAGCUAGUACGAAUCUACACCAAACCUAAAGGGCAGCUCCCAGACUACACCUCUCCUGUGGUACUACCUUACUGCAAGACCACAGUGGAGGAUUUUUGCAUGAAGAUCCACAAAAAUCUCAUUAAAGACUUUAAAUAUGCAUUGGUCUGGGGUUCAUCUGUUAAACACAACCCUCAGAAAGUUGGUAAAGACCAUACUCUUGAAGAUGAGGAUGUUAUUCAGAUUGUGAAGAAAUAAAGUUGUUCUGACGUGGUUUGC